UGAAAAUAUGUUGUUGUAUCGUAUAAAGCUUUAUCUUUACUAAUCCUAACCUCUCAGCUGUCAAGUUGCUCAUUUUUCAGGGCCGCCUACAAUUUACAGCAAACAUGGCGGCAAAUUCAAAUCUUGCGUUCAUUACCUUUAGCUGACACUGUAUCUUGAACGGUAGGUGAAAGGUCUAAGGCAAAAAUUUGAAAAAUGCCGCUACACUCAAAUCUCGAAGUGUCUGCUGGAUCGCUGUUUAUCAAAGAAUUCUUUAUACCUCGCAUGGAAAGUGGCCCCGAAUCUGUCACGAUCUCAUGGAGGGCUGAACUCCCAGAGUUCGUGUUGGUAUACGGAUCACCGAUAGACAUAAAGAAAGAGCCACUCGAAGAACUGGGAGGUUUAGAAGAUGAAAAUGACACAUCACCCAUAGACCUAAAGAAAGAGCUACUCGAAGAACUGGGAGGUUUAGAAGAUGAAAAUGACACAUUCUCCAGGCCCAUAACGGCGAGACCUACCAAUCAAACUAUACAAAAGUCCAAAUAUACAGUUACCGCACCGAAAACAAAUAAUGUGCCAAUAUCAAGUAUCUUACGGCAAGCAAACCAAAGUAAUAUUGGGUCCACUCAACAAGCAGUUCUUGGAAAGGCAACCAAACCAACUGAACCUAGGAUGAUGCAAGCUUUACUAGCAGAUCGUCCUUAUAGGAAAAUUCCUCUAGAAGGAUCGACUUGUCGAAGUUACAGAAAAGUCGAACUUCCUAAAUAUUGUAUAGUACAAAGAUUCCCGCUAUCAAAAUCGAAAAACCUUACUCGACAGAAAAAAGUCUGUAACAUACAAAAUGAUACUUCUCAAAAAAAUUCGUUACCAAAGAGUACUUUACACAAUCCUCAUGUUAUAGUCAACCGAAGGGAACCCCUCACUAUCUCAUCUCCAGCACCUGAUACGGUGGUACUAAAAAAGGGUACACCUCUUGGCACUGUUCGUCAAAACUCCCUGGAAUCCCCCUCAAGACCUCAUGCUAUAGUCAUCGAAAAGGAUCCCUUGGAUACCUCAUCGUCAGCACCUGGUUCUGUAGUAUUGCAAAAAGGUACAGCUCUUGGCACUGGUACCAUAGACUGUUCUUCCACAAAACGUCGAACUAUGGUCAUACGAAAGGAUCCUCGAGCCUCCUCAUCUUCAGCACCUUGUACAGUCUUACAUACAGCUGGUACCGGUAAACCAAAAGCCCUGCUAAGCAGUACCCUCCCCAGUAGAAAUUUAGCCUCUCACCCUGGAUCCUUGCCUGAUGCUUCACCUAGCACUUCCAACUCAGCACCUCGUACCAGGAAUUUAUCAGGACCUGUUACAUAUCAAGAAAAGACAUCAGCGAGAAGAAUCGGGGUUGAACCAUCCAAAGUCGAUCGAGAAAUCUCCAUGCCAUAUCAUAUAGUACCUACGACGUCACUAGAAAAAUAUGAUGCGCUAUUAAGAAAAAUCGGGGUUGAUCCAGCGACAGUUGAUCCCUCGACUGUCAGAUUGCCACGUGUCUCGUCAGAAGGUGGAAAUAAAGAAAUCCCUAUCCUAUAUGAUCAGAAAAUGUUUAUUAAAGCUAAGAAAAUGAAAGAUCGCCAUGAAGAUGUUGAAUGCAGAUACAGAGAUCCCUUCGACUAUGGUGUUCUACGAAAAGUCCCUUCGCCUCCAGCGAAAAGCACAGAAAAGCGAGAGGACCGCCGAUGGCAAUGUUUGAUGUGCCACCUCAUUAUGAAAAAUAAAGCAGAACUUAUGCUGCACUAUGCAGGACACAAAAAAAUAAGGGAUGGCAUACCAUCAAACGACGCCGUCAUCAAAGAAGAUGAAAAAGAAAAAAAGUAUAAAUGUCCAAGCUGCCAUGAGAUUUACAAAAACGAUACCGAAUACAACAGGCACGUCAAACUGAAACACCUCAACAUGAACCGACCGUUCUGCCAGAAGUGCGAACGUUACUGCGAUACGUACUUAGACCUUAGCCUGCACAUUGAAACCUAUCAUGAGAAGAAAAAAGGCGAUUUUAAGUGCUGCGUUUGCAAAUCUUUCUUGUGGUCUAGGCAACAGUUGGAAAAUCACGUGACCACCUUGCACGAACAUACGGUCUACGAUUGCGGGAUAUGCAAUAUGAAAUUCACCACGAAAGAAUGGUUCGACGCUCACUCCGUUUUACACAGUGUGCAAACGGAAAUAUACGUAUGCAGGCUUUGUGGCAAGCAGUUUGAAACACAAGAGUGCCUGGAAGUACACAAGCAAAAACGCCAUCACAUAGUGCCUGUUGAAUACAGAAGGAAAAUCGAAUGCAAAGAAUGUCACAUCACUUUUCCUACAGAAUACAACAAGGAAAGGCACGAUGCAAAUAUACACAAGGAAAAAGCCGUUGACUUGUGCACCAUCUGCGGAAAGGCAUUUACCAGGCAUGCGAUGAUAUCGCACAGGAGAAUCCACAAGGAAAAGGUGCCGUGUGAAGUUUGCGGCAAACUGGUCGCUCUGUAUUGCAUGGGAAUCCACAUGCGAACUCAUACUGGAGAGAAGCCUUACAAGUGCUCGCAAUGUGACAAAUGCUUCACCCAACGUCCACCAUUAAAAAUGCAUCUUAGAUCGCACACUGGAGAAAGGCCAUAUGAAUGCAUAAGGUGUAAGAAAGGAUUUAUUUCGAAAGCUGGCAGGGAUGGACAUACGACAAAAUGUAGAGAAUGAAAGUUGAUGCUAAAUGAGUCACUUCUCGAUACUCUUGACUACGUAGCAAAAAACGAUUUGAUACCAAAUACAAAUAACGGACACGCUGUUUAAAAACAAAAAAGUAUAUAUAAUGCAAGAAGAGAAAAAAUAGAUCAGGAAACAGAAUGUUCUGUACGAUGAGGAACACUGUUGAUUGAUUGGAGUCUACAAAAUUGAUCUAUUUGUAAAAUAUAACGUAUACAGAAUACUGUUAAUAAAUGCCUUUACAAAUUAUUGCCUUAUUUCAUAGAGAUACACCUGUAGAAAUUCCCGUUGCAUUUUUGGAAAAAACAAACAAUAAAAAUAAUUUUUAGGGCUGAACUUCAACGGUUCGUGUUAAUAUAUGGAUCACCAUCCAUGGUCCCCAGAAAAGAUCCGCUCGAAGAGUUGGGAGGCUUUGAAGUUGGUAAUAAUACAUUCUCCAGGGCUGUAACUACCAAUCGAACUAUACCAAGAUAUGUCGCUAUCGCACCUAAAAAAUCGACAUCUAAACCCUCACCAGAAGUGCGAGUGUCAAGUAUUUUACGGAAAGUGCGACCGAAAGCCAGCAGGAAUAGCAUUGGCACCAAUCGACAGCCAGUACUUGGAAAGCCGAGCGCUCCGUUUGGAUCUACGAUGCUGCAAACUUCAAUAUCAGAUCUCCCUUAUGCAAAUAUUCCUAGAUACUGUAUAGCGCAAACGUUUCCACUAUCUAAAUUGAAAACGCCUACCUCAGAUCCACAAUUUGAUCCUCUGUCUACUCUAUCUUCAGGCGCUCCCCACGAAACGUUAUUGCCGAAUAGUACCUUAGACAAUUCCCCAUCAAUGCCUCAUGCCAUAGUAAUCCAAAAGGAUCCUCUAGGUGCUUCAUCUUCAACACUCGGCACUGUAGUCUUACAAAAAGGUACACCUCUAGGUCAAAAUUUAUUAUUCGGCAGUACCUUGGACAAUUCUCCCAAAAAACCUCAUGCCAUAGUAAUCCAAAAGGAUCCUCUAGGUGCUUCAUCUUCAACGUCUGGUUCUGUAGUCUUACAAAAAGGUACACCUCUAGGUACUGGUCAGCAAAAUUUAUUAUUCGGCAGUACCUUGGACAAUUCUCCCAAAAAACCUCAUGCCGUAGUAAUCCAAAAGGAUCCUCUAGGUGCUUCAUCUUCAACACCUGGUUCUGUAGUCUUACAAAAAGGUACACCUCUAGGUACUGGUCAGCAAAAUUUAUUGUUCGGCAGUACCUUGGACCAUUCUCCCACAAAACCUCAUGCCAUAGUAAUCCAAAAGGAUCCUCUAGGUGCUUCAUCUUCAACACCUGGUACUGUAGUCCUACAAAAAGGCACACCUCUAGGUGCUGUUCCUCAAUAUUUCUCACUAGGCAGUACCUUAGACAAUUCGAAUACGGUGGCCAUCCAAAAAGAUCCUCUAGCUGCUUCAUCUUCAACACCUGGUACUGCUCAACAAGAUUUCUUACUAAGCAGUACCCUGAACAGUCCUCCCUCAGAACCUCAUGCUACAGUAUUCCAAAAGAAUCAUCUUGCCGCCUCAGCUCUGCCACCUAGUACUGCAAGAUUACAGGAAGAUGUACCACUUGGUGCUGUUAAAUCAAAUGCUUCGUUAAGCAGUACCCUUCCCAGUUUUUCAAGACCUCGCUCGAUAGCCCCGAAAAAUGAUCCUUCUGCGCCGACUAUUGGCUUUGAAAAAGGUACCGCUCUUGGUGCUGUCUCCAGUACUCAUCACAACCCCUUAUCAAGUAAUGAUCUCACCUCCUACCCUCGACAGGCAUCCUUGCCUGAUGCUAUGUCCAGUACUUCUAACUCGGUACCUCCUGGUCAAGAUCUGGCAAUACCUCGGAAGUCAGUAGAAAAGAAUGAUUCAGUAUUAAGGAAAAGCGGGCUUGACAGUACCAGGGUCGAUUCAUCAACUGCCAGAUGUCCACCGCUCGAAUCAGAAAGCAACAAAGCUCGAGUCUAUUACCCAUAUGAUGAUAGGAAUGUUCUUGUUGCUAAGAAAAUGAAAGAUCGCGAUGGAUAUAUCGUCGAGUACCAGUACGUCGAUCCCUUCGAUUACGUUCAUCUAACUAAAGUGCCAUCACCCCCUGCGAAGAGUACAGAAAAAGAAAAAGAAAAAGACCACCAAUGGCAAUGUUUAAUGUGCUACUUGAUUAUGGAAAAUAAAUCAGAGCUCAUACAACAUUAUGAGGGACACAAAAGAGUAAGAGAUAGCCUACCAUCAAAUGAUGUCAUCAUCAAGCAAGAAGAAAAAGAAAAGCUGAUCAAGUGUCCGAGUUGCCGCGAGGUUUGCAAAAACCACACCGAAUACGACAGACACGUUAAACUGAAACAUCCCAACAUGAACGGACCUAAGUGCAAGAAGUGCAGACUUUAUUGUGACACUUACUUAGCACUUAGCCUGCACAUUGAAUUUGAGCACGGUGGGAAGCAGGGUGAAUUCAAGUGUUGCCUCUGCGGAUGUUCCAUGUGGUCGAAAGAUUUGUUAGAAGAUCACAUGACCGACGUCCAUGAGGAUAAGACCUAUGAUUGCACUACGUGUAAUAUGAAAUUCUCCACGAAGCGGUGGUUUGACUCCCACCUUAUAUUCCACGCCGUGGAAAAAGGAAGUGACGAGAAGACCUGUAGACUCUGCUACAAGCAGCUUCUAUCAAAACAGGGCGUAGAGAUUCAUAAGCAGAAAUACCAUCACAUCGUGCCAAUGGAAUACAGAAAGAGGAUCGAAUGCGAAGAAUGUCACGUCACUUUUCCUACCGAAUCGAACAAGGAGAGACACAAUGAACUGAUGCAUAAGGAACAAACCCUGGAGCUGUGCACCCAUUGUGGAAAGUCAUUUAACAAACAGGCCAUGUUCGCGCACAGGAAGGUCCACAAGGAAAAGAUACCGUGUAAGACGUGUGGAAAGCUGCUCGCCGAGUAUCUCAUGGCGAUCCACGUGCGAACUCACACUGGGGAGAAACCUCACAAGUGUUCGUACUGUGACAAAUAUUUCACCCAACGUUCAUCAGUGAAAAUGCACAUCAGGUCGGCUCAUACUGGAGAAAGGCCGUACGAGUGCAUGAAGUGUAAGAAAGGAUUCAUUUCAAAAACUAUCAGGGAUAGCCAUAUGAAAAAAUGUAAAAAGUGAAGUACGUACCGUUUCUCAAUACCGUAACGCCACCUACAAGAAUUUGUCACAGCUCUUUUCCUAUUUACUGUAUAUACUUUGAAAAGGCUAGUAUCUCAUAGAUGGCGCUGUAAACUCCAUAUACUCUAAUAAGCGUUGGCUACAGCAACAUUUACAAAGUUUAAGCGUAUAGUAACCUAUAUUGGUAUUUUUAUUACAAGUGUUUGAUUUAUUUAUUAUGUGCCUUUUAUUUAUAGUGUGUGCUCAUCGAUACCAUAUAAAGUACAGGGGGGAUUAUUAAUGUCACAAAAAAUAACUUUCGAGAAAAGAGCGUUUGUAUACAGGGUGGGUCAAAGAUCUGACGGGGUACCAUAGACUCCUUAUAAAUGACUGAGAAAAAGUUAAAUUAUACAUAAAAAAUAUUUUUUGAUAUACAGGGUAGCCCAAAGAAGAAAGCAUCCUUUUUAUUUUUGAUUUUCGAGAUUCUCCUUAUGAUUUUGAACAUGUCUUAAGUGUUAGCAUCCAUGAUUGAAUUCAACUUUUUUUGAUGUAUUGGCGAUAGAAAUAAGCCUUUCUUCAUUAUGCGACACCCUGUAAGAUUUAAGGAAUGAUUAACUAGCAAAAUGACUAUCUAAGGUUUUACGAUCUGUUCUAAUAUGGGAACUACCUUAACAGGAAAUUUAUUACACAGGGCCUAGAAAGAAAAGAAUAUAGAACAAACAAAACAAAAUUUGGAUGCUUGAAAAUGAUAAAGUUUAUUUCUUGAGGAUCAGUUGACAUUGAUCUUUUUUCCAUGCACGGCAAAUUUUUAAUUGGACAUAACUACGAACUGUCAUUGGUUUUGCGUGUUGCCGAUACCGCGUGGGGUUGUACUGCGUUAAAACUACAUGUUGCCGGUUCUAACAACAAAACACCAAAUUUGUGACAUUCAUAUUUUUGCCUCUGUACCCUUCGUAUAUUUAAGUGAUAUAUUUUUUGUAUGUCAAUGAUUUCGAAUCUCUUAUGAUUCAUAUUUGAAUGAAUAUGUUCAAUUGUAAUAUAUAUAUGUAUAAUAAAUGUUCAUGCCCACA